UGAAAAUAAAAGGUCAUUUGCGGGCUGCGGCCAUCUACGACCUCAAUGGACUACCGCGAUGGAGACGACGAUAGUGAGGAAGAAGAAGAAGGAGCCGGAGAGUCGACAACGAUGAAGUGCGUAUCAUGCAAGGAAGAUUACUGCGCACGAGAAGCUGGCACCUGCAGGGAGUGCUACGAGGAGGCCAGCGAGACGGAGCAGGAGCUUAAGCGCGAGAUCGAGGAACUCAAGGCUAAAGUCAACUUUCUUCGGUUCUGGUCUCCAGUAGAUCCCCUCCAUUACAUUAAUCUCUCAUUUCCUCAGCGAGGCCCUUCUCCAUCUUCGACUCCCUGCUUUACCGACGUUGUUUUAGUGGCCUCUAAUGUCGGGACCGAGAAGAACGCCACGCAGCCAGUUCCUGUUCCAGCCCAUCGUACUGUUCUUGCGAGUCGGUCCCCAGUGUUCAGAGCAAUGCUUGAGAAUGAAAUGGAAGAAAGCCUCAGCGGCACGAUUAAAAUCAGUGACGUAUCCUACGAUGUUCUUCGUGCCUUUGUCAGUUACCUGUACACCGCUGAAACCUGCCUAGACGAGUGCAUGGCUUGCGACCUUUUGGUGUUGGCUGAGAAGUAUGAAAUCAAGCAUUUGAAGACAUACUGUGAGAAGUUUCUCAUAUCAAAGCUGAAUUGGGAGAACUCACUUCUAAACUAUGCUUUUGCUCACCAACACAAUGCAAAUAAUUUGGUUGAAGCUGCCCUGGCAUUGAUAAUGGACAACAUGGACAAGCUGAGGAAGCGUGAAGAAUAUGGUGAUUUGGUGGAAAAGGAUCCUAGGCUUGUUGUGGAACUCUAUGAAGCUUAUUUAUGUAAACAGGUCAACACUGCCGCUUGUAAGGACCCUAGUGCAAAAUGAUAUUCUUUUUGCCCGGGCAGAAAUGUGUGGAGUUGAUUCAAAUGAAGGCUCUUCAUAUGAUCUGAGGUUAAUGUAUGGCAUCUCAUUUUCAUGGUGUUUUAUAAUUUCAGUACUGAAUUAUAGACCGAAUAAUGAGUUUUGAAUCAACAGCCUUUAUAUAAUUAUAUUUCUAAAGACUUCAAAAUAAAGCAACCAACAUCAUGUGUGUCUGCUAGCUAGUCCUACAACAUGUGUAAAUGUACCGAAGAAUUUUGUAAAAAAUGCAUUUGCUAUGUAACUAUGUUUCUUGUCACGCCAUUGAUUGCAACUUAUUUACAAUGAAACACGUCAUUUACAUAUUACAAUUUGAU